AAAAGCCGAGAAUCGUAUAAACACAUCGAGACAGCGCCGGUGGCGUCUCCGGGUAAUCACAACGUGUGCAUGUGUAUGUAGCUUGUUGGCGCUUAUCACCAACGUUACCAAAAAAAAUAAAAACAACGCGCCCAAGCAAAUGCAAUAGAACAAAUUGUUCAACAAAAAAAAUUCACGUUGUCGGCGUCUGUCUCUUGUUGAGAAGCAAAACGGUUAUCUGACAGUGGAGCUGAUUUUUUCGAACGUCCUCUUUUCCUAUCCAGCGCACUUCGCUGCGAUGGUGUAAGUGUGUGUGGUGGCUGUAUUACGCGAAAAGAAAAAUGGCCAUGCCGCGAUAGGGUACCGUGAUUCGGGCGGCAUUCUUACUGCCAGCGCACCAGAGUUCAGUCCACUACCUACGACGUCCAGCUUUGGACGUGCGAGUCUCUACUAAUUAAAGACGCAGUUUCAGCGAGAUAUCCAGUGUUAGGAAGCGAAAUAUUUAAAUACCUUUUCGUGAACGUAGCUUUGGGAAAAGUGUCUUGAGUAACGCGUUUCUAGUACCUUGAGGAGUUUGUGAGGUGCGUGUGUUUGUGUUGUGGUAGAAAUUAGCUCUAAAGUAAUGCCACGAGAAUUUGGUAAGGUACAACCCCAGAACUCUUCACGUCACAUCAUCAGCAAUCAAAGUAGCAGCCGAAGUAGCAGUAGCAGCAGUAUCGAUAGCAGUAACGCAGAGAAAAUGCGCAAACCACUCCUCAACGAAAAAUGGACAUCCAUUCUGUACACCUUGGUCGCCGCCCUUACAUACGUUACGGCUGGCACAAUGGUUGGCUGGAGUAGUGGAACGUUUCGCCGCUCUGUCUCAUCUACGUCCGAGCCCGUGCCACUACCAUUGCUGGACAACUGGAGCAUUUCGUUAGCCGCCACACCAGCCAUCGUUAUCACUGUGACGGCCUGUGUCGUCCAUCGCUGUUACCAGUGGAUCGGUACGAAAGCCUUCUUGUUCACCUCAUCCCUGUUGGCGAUCUGUUCGAGUGCACUGGAAGCGUAUGGUCUUACCUACUGGAGUGCCAGUGCUGCCCGCAUCCUAGCCGGCAUAUCUGCCGGUAUCGCGUUCACACUCGUACCAUCGUACGUGGAUGAGUUCGGUGCGGCGAAUCGCCUUAGUACGCAAAAUCGGCCCCCUUUGGAUGAGAUAUUAGCGGCCGCCUUUCCGUUGGGUGUUUUGCUACGUUUCGGUGCUGACUUACUCCCGCAGCCAGUCGAUCCGAUGUGGAUCGCAAUUCGUUGGGGUGCGUUGCCUAGUCUCGCCUUUGUGGGAUUUCUAUUCCUACCCGAAUCGGCUCGUUACCUCUGUGUGACUGGACGUGUGUCGCAGGCAGCUUGCAUCUUGCAGUGCACACAUGAGACAAACACACAGCCCGGUCUGCAGGAGUAUCUCGCACGCUGGCAACAACCUGGACCGAGACUGCUCGAAGCGGUACAGCGUCAGGCUAAUCUUACCCUGCUCGUUCCACUGCUCUCACUGUUUGCAUUCCAAGCGUUCGUCGGUGCAGUGCCCAUGCUGUUCUAUCUGGCCGAUCUGCUUGAACUAGCUGGCCAGCAGCAAUCACCCGAACAAGUCGCCGCCAUGCUGGUGGCCAUCUUUACCGUAACGGUAGCGCUUUGUCGUUACCUAAACCGCAGCCAGCUACACCAACGGCCAGUACUGGUGCUGAGCGCGUUACUAAUCGCAAUGGCUACUCUCGCCCUCGGUUGGCACUGUCACGAGCGUCGCACACGUACCCUCGAUCUAACAGAGACACGCACCGAGUGGCCAUUCUACUGCUUUGCACUUAUGUACGCUGCGUACGCGUUUGGGUUCCAUCGCUUACCCGGUACGUUGCUAACAACUGAGGUAGCUGAUGAGAAUCUGUUCGCGUUACGCACUCUCGCAACCGCCAUCUGCUGGGGUUCGGUGUAUCUCACCGUACGGCUUCUUCCCGUCCUGUUAAGCACAAUCGGACUCGGUUGGGUUCUGUGGAACAUUGCGCUGGUAGCACUGUCGGCCGCCGGUCUGAUACUACUCUGCCUACCCGGUCAGGAUGAUUACGCACAUAAAGCGCUGCCCGGUGGUGGCACAAAUUCAAUGACUUCUUCAGUGUGCUCAUCCGGCUCUAGCUCACCCACCGCAUCCACUUGUUGGCCCUGCUCCAACACCAAUACCUCAUCCAGUAGCGCUACCACAAUCGCGCCCGAAAUGUUUAACCACAGAGAAACCCAGGUAGCUACAGGACCAGAACUGGUUUGAGGAAUUAUCCAACCAAAAACAUCCUCAACUUGGAAGAAAAAACAAAAGGGAAGAAAAGACUGAUUAUAAUUUCAUCUUGUUUUUGGGUUUGUUUCACAAACUCACAGCAACGCGUCAACGGAAUCAUCGUGAUUGGAAGGACCGCCCAAUGCGAAUGGGUUCGACUUACCCUUUUUAUAGCCAUUUUUUGCUAUUGUUCAUUCUGAUAGGCUUUGUGUGUGAUCACCAAUUCCUUUUUUCAUUCCCUCCCCAUGACAAAACUACUCGAAAAUUACACCAACACACAAAUUGCAGUUUACGACAUAGAGGAAGAAUACAGAUAAGUCGCUUUCUUUCUCGUUUGUAACGAAUUGAUGGGUACGCAACAAAAAAAGACCAGAGAUUCCACGAAAUGAAACAAGCAAAGUACAGAUAAGAGAGCUUAGAUUGGGCUAGAUCUUAGAAGUGUUGUUGGAUGGGCAGAGGAAGUGUUUCGACAUACGCUAAUCAGAAACCCAAAAGUACUCAAUGCUACGUGUUGUGUUAGUAAGUAAGCAGUAAACAUAAAACCAGCAAAAUGGUUUUGUUUUUUUUUAAUAUAAUAAAAUAGAUAAGAAGCACCGUCGAUUGAACGAUAGAGUUUAAAAAAAACAGAAUUUGUAAUAAAACACACCCAGGAGGUUUAGUAUAUGUUUGAACAAAUUGAA